AUGGAGGAGAAUCAGGGGAGGAGACGACUAGUCCUGGUUCCAGUUCCAGCUCAAGGACAUAUAUCUCCAAUGACACAACUUGCGAAGAGCCUUCACUCUAAGGGUUUCACAAUCACAGUGAUUCAAACCAAGUUCAAUCACUUUAUUCCUUCAGAUGACUUCACUGAUUUCCAGUUUUUCACUAUCCCAGAAAGCUUACUGGAGUCUGCUUUGAAGGAUCACGGAGCACUACGCUGCGCCAAGGAGUUUAAGCUUCCAACUGUCAUUUUCAGCACAACAUGUGCCACGGCUUUUGCUUCUCGCUCCGUAUUUGACAAACUCUAUGCAAACAAUGACCUGGCUGACUUGAAACAACCCAAAGGGCAACAGGAUGAGCUAGUUCCAGAGUUUCAUCCCCUGAGAUAUAAAGACUUUCCGGUUUCACGAUUUGCAUCACUAGAAAGCACAAUGGAGUUGUAUACGAAUUCAGUUGACAAACGUACAGCUUCCACUGUGAUAAUCAACACAGCGAGCUGCCUAGAGAGCUCAUCUCUGUCUUUUCUGCAAAAACAGCUAGAGAUUCCAGUGUAUCCUAUAGGCUUUGUGACCGUCAAACUUAAUGAGUCCAACUACUUGCUAUGGAAGACUCAAUUUGAGUCUUUCCUCUUACCUCAAAUGCUACUUGGUUACAUUGAUGGCUCAAUCUCGCGUCCAGAUGCAACUCGUUCUGUUACUGGUCCUGCGGGUGUUACUAUAGAGUCGAAUCCAGAGUUAGCGAAAUGGGUUCGUAAUGACCAACUGGUUAUGGCGUGGAUCUUUGGUUCUCUGUCUGAACCGGCACUUCGCGCAGUCUAUGGUAUGCACUCUGCUCAAGAGGUAUGGUCUGCUCUUGCUAAGAAAUUUAAUCGAGUUUCUACUACUAGGAAAUUCAAACUGUAG